AUCUUAGCAAAGUAGAUCUUGCUAAAGACAUAUUAAAAGGAGUAAGAUUUAAUGGAAGAAAUUGGACAACAUGGUUUAACACAUUUAUAGACAAUAUCACAAAUCCCAUAGAUAGGUUGACACAAGAAACCUUUGAAAACCAUACUGAGAUGAAUACAUUGAGAAAAGACAACACUUUAUGUGUCUUUUUCCAAGUGAUUUGGCUCAAAAUAACAGAUGAAGAACACCUUCACAUGAAUGGAA